UUGACUGUCAAGGUGUGGAUGAUGGGAGAACAACUGUUGAACAGCACAUGUAUUAUCUCUGUGCCAUAUGCAGUGAGCUUGCAAAACUGCAAGGUAGACAAGGCUGUAUAUUUGGAAGAUACCGACACAGAUGAAGAGACAUGCAGUGGGUCAUUACUUCUCCCAGGAGAGGUGGAACAGACAGUGACUUAUUGUACACCUUUUUUUGAUAAACCCAUGUAACUGAAGUCCAGGACCUUGUCAAUUCCCCAGCCAUCGGACAGCAAAACCCAGGAGCCACUAGGAGAUGAUGUUCACCCAUUCUCACUUGAUGAAGGAUUUGAUUAUGACAGUGUGGCACUGACCCCGAAGUUCUCUGAAGCUGAGCUCAAGGCCAUUAUAGAUUUGUCUGAAGAGAAGAAAACAGGGACAGAUGUGAAGUCGGCAUGAGCUGAAGACUGGGUUGAAGGCAUUCUGUGCAGUGCUGCUAAAUAACAUUUUAGGGGGUAAAUCUAGCACUUCACUUUAUCCUUAUUUAGUGGUUUUGUCUGUGUGGCCAGUAAAUGACAUCCUCAAUACCUUUUUGCUUGCUGUACCAAUGUGCCUUGGAGACUUUGGUUCCCUUCCCCUGUAUCUCCUCCUUCCAAGUCCUCAUGAGAACAUGGAAUAGGAAGAUGGUGCUUGCUCAGAGUUCUUGUAUAAUAGCCAUUCAGCUACUAUAUUAUAUGUCUGUACAAUGAUUUGCUUAGGCAUUCAGGUUGACUGAAGUCUGCAUUUGUUCCUGAACCCAAACAGGAUUUUUGUAUAAUAAUAAUGUUGUAUAGAAAAUAUUUAUAUAGAUAAUAUUUUUAGUCUGCAGUGUUUAGCUAUGAUGUUGUUUUCCAGGUGGUACAAGGCAUUUGGAAGGAUGUAUCCAGUGACAACCAUGAAUUCCCUUUUGUAGAAAAAUCCUUGAGCAGGGUGCAUGCUGUAUUGGUUCAGGUGAGGCGUGCUGGAGUAAUUGCUCCAUAGGACCAAAGCUAGCUGGUGGAAUUCAAAAUAGCGCUAUGGCUACUAUUGCUUCUGUUUGGUGCAGACUCAGGUCCUGACUAGUGCUAAACUAGUCCUAGAGCUGCCGUUUACCUACUUCUUUCAGUAAUGCAAAUAAGAGCUUUCUGCAGCUGACAGAUCAGUCCAUAAACUCACUUCAUUAUAAGGUUUAAAUGUACGGAGUUACAUGAGUGGAUAAAUAUGGGAAUGUUGUUUUGGUUUUUUUCUCUGUUUUUUGAGCUACUUCAGUUCUGCAGAGAAAUAAAUAUUCCUGUUUCCAAUAAA